UCAACUAGGCACAAUUAAUCAUGAUUAGCCGGCCAUUGAAUUGUACUUCUCUCUCUCUCUCUCUCUCUCAAGUCACACACACUGUUUCUGAGAUUUUGAGGGAAAAAAACAGAUCCAAGAUGAGCGACGUAAACCACCAGAGGAUCAAAACCAACGGGAUAUGGAUUCAUGUAGCACAGAAAGGGACUGGUCCACUCGUUCUUUUGCUUCAUGGCUUCCCUGAGCUCUGGUAUUCAUGGCGGCAUCAGAUUAACUUCUUGGCUGACCAUGGAUACCAUGUGGUGGCACCUGAUCUGCGAGGCUAUGGGGACUCUGACUCUCCAAUUAGCGCGAGCUCUUACACCGUUUUUCACAUAGUUGGAGACCUCAUCGGACUGAUUGAUCAUUUUGGCGAAGAAAAGUUUGGGCUACUUUAUAUACAUACAUACAUAUAUAUAUAUAUAUAUAUAUGGUCUGAGAAGGCAUUUAUUGUCGGAAGUGACUGGGGAGCAAUUGUUGGGUGGCGUAUAAGCUUGUUCAGGCCUGAUAGAGUUAGGGGUCUGGUUUCUUUAUCCGUUCCUUACUCUCCAAGAUCUCCAUCUCCAUCUACUAAAUCUUUCAAGCAAAAGUUUGGAGAUGGGUGUCAUAUUAUUCAGUUUCAGGAACCAGGAAGAGCAGAGAGGGCAUUUGCUAGAUACGACUAUUUAACAGUGAUGAAGAAGUUCAUGCUGGUCACCGACCAAGUUUUCUUAGCUCCUCCGGACAUGGAGAUGAUCGAUUAUCUGGAGACUCCAUGGUCGUUGCCAUCAUGGAUUACCGAAGAGGAGCUCCAAGUUUUUGCUGAGAAGUAUGAAGAAUCUGGUUUUACUGGUCCUCUCAACUACUACCGUGCAAUGGACUUGAAUUGGGAGCUUCUUGCACCGUGGCAAGAUGCAAAGAUUGUGGUUCCGACAAAGUAUAUAGUAGGUGACAGAGAUAUUGGUUUUGAGGUUUUUGGUACCAAGGAUUAUGUGAAUAGUGAUGUUUUCAAGAGCUUUGUCCCAAACCUUGAAGUUGUUAUUAUUCCUGAUGGCCACCAUUUUAUCCAACAAGAGAAACCUCAACAAAUCUCCGAGGAAAUACUUUCUUUUCUAAGCAAACAGUCCGUGGAUUUAUGAAAAAGUUUCUCUUUUGUAAUUAUAUGUGUCAAUUAUCCUCAAUCUAAUCCCCUAGACAAUGGUUUAUGAAUGGCAGACAGAAACAAAUAAAAGAGGAGAGAGUAAUCUGAGCCAUCUUAAUCUUA